UUUGCAGUUUCUUACCAUCAUGGAAUUUCAUAAUUCUUUUUAUAAAAUUUCCUACAUGUACUACUUUCUCUUGCUUUUGGUGCUACUAAAAAUAGCUAAAAUGAGUUGUAAAAAAUCCGUUGUUAAUUUACCACCGGGACCAUGGACACUACCUCUCAUAGGAAACAUACAUCAGAUUAUCAGCAGCUCACUGCCUCACCACUGUUUCAAAAAAUUGGCAGAUAAAUAUGGACCUUUGAUGCACCUCAAACUUGGUCAAGUACCAUACAUAAUAGUAAGUUCACCAGAAAUGGCCAAAGAGAUUAUGAAAACACAAGACCUCAUAUUCUGUGAUAGGCCAAACCUGUUGUUGUCAACAAUAUUUAGUAACAAUGGUAGGGAUAUUGCUUUCUCUGCAUAUGGAGAAUAUUGGAGGCAACUGCGAAAGAUAUGUGUUGUAGAACUAUUAAGUGCAAAGCGAGUAGAUUCAUUUAGGUCCAUAAGAGAAGAAGAAUGUUCAGUACUAAUUAAAUCAAUAUCAGCAUGUGAAGCCUCUGUUGUUAAUCUCAAGGAGAAGAUUUUCUCAAUGACAUGUGGGAUAACGAUGCGAGCAGCUUUUGGGAAAAAAAGUAGACACCAACAAGAGUUCAAAUCAGCGAUAAAUAAAAUAGUAUUCCUAUUGGGAGGAUUCUGUAUUUCUGAUUUAUAUCCUUCAUUUAAAAUUUUUCGAAGUUUGAGCAGGUCCAAGACCAAAAUGGAAAAACUUCAAAGAGAGCUUGAUAUAAUAAUGCAAGACAUCAUUGAUCACAAAAGAUGUCAUCGAGACACAAACACUGAUGCAGAUCUAGUUGAUGUUCUUCUCAAGAUUCAACAGGAAAAUGAUAACUCAGAACAUCCCUUGAGUGAUGAGAGCAUUAAAUCAGUCGUACUGGAUAUGUUUGGUGCUGGUAGCGAAACAUCGUCGGGGAUAGUUUUAUGGGCGAUGUCUGAGAUGGUAAAAAAUCCAAAGGUAAUGGAAGCAGCACAAGCUGAAGUAAGAAGUGUGUUCGAUAAAAAAGGCUAUGUAGAUGAAACAGAUUUGCACCUGUUGGUAUACUUAAAGUGUGUCAUCAAAGAAACCUUGAGGUUGCAUCCUUCUUUACCAUUGUUGAUCCCAAGAGAGAGUAGGGAGAAUUGUCAAAUAAAUGGGUAUGAUAUUCCAGCUAAGACAAGGGUGAUGAUCAAUGCUUGGGCAAUUGGACGAGAUCCAAAAUAUUGGGUUGAAGUGGAGAGUUUCAAACCGGAGAGAUUUCAUAAUAAUGCAAUUGAUUUCAGAGGCACUGACUUUGAAUACUUACCAUUUGGUGCUGGAAGAAGAAUGUGUCCAGGUAUUGCUUUUGGCAUACCUAACGUCGAGUUGCCUCUUGCUAAUUUACUUUACCAUUUUGAUUGGAAGCUUCCCAAUGGAAUGAAGAAUGAAGAACUUGAUAUGACUGAGGCAUUUGGAAUUACAGCAGGAAGAAAACAUGACUUAUGCUUGGUACCUAUUACUCGUCGUCUUUGAUAUGCAUUUCCCCAUGAAGGAGUUUGAUUUUCAUAUUUAUAAUAAAGUUUGUAUAUUUAAUACUUACAAAUAAGUAUACUGUAGGAUAAGUUAACUAUAUGAUAAGUUUACUAUUGGCUACUGUAACCUAAUAAAAAUUUACUAUA